AUGCACCAGCCUCGUGAAGAACACUGGCAGGCUGCCUUACGAGUUGUUCGCUAUCUAAAAGGUCGGCCUGGGCAAGGUGUUUUAUUGCGCCGGGAAAACGAUUUUAUCUUGCAUGUUUGGUGUGAUUCUGAUUGGGCGGGUUGCCCUCUUACUCGUCGGUCUCUCACUGGCUGGGCUAUUCUCCUUGGCAACUCACUAAUUUCAUGGAAAACAAAGAAACAACAUACAGUGUCACGGUCCUCUGCAGAAGCCGAGUAUCGCUCCAUGGCUAAUACCACUUGUGAACUCAAAUGGUUAAAGAAACUGCUCUUGAGUCUCGGGAUCUCCCACACGCAACCCAUACCUCUCUCAUGCGAUAGCCAGGCAGCACUUCAUAUUGCUAAGAACCCUGUUUUUCAUGAGCGUACUAAGAAUAUUGAGGUUGAUUGUCAUCUUGUUCGUGAUGCUGUCAUCCAGGGCCUCAUCCUUCCCUCCUAUGUCCCAACAAAAUCUCAGCAAUUUGGCAAAGAGGGUUGGAGGCCUGAUGAGGUGACUGUUAUUGAAGCGCUCUCGGCUUGUUCCCAAUUGGGUGCUGUGAGGCAGGGAGAGAUUGUUCACAGGUACAUAGUGGAUGAGAAGUUGGAUAUGAAUGGGAUUGUUUGUAAUGCAGCCAUUGAUAUGUAUAGAAAAUGUGAUUUCGUCGAUAAAGCUUAUUUGGUCUUCAAUAAGAUGAGUUGCAAGAAUACUUUAAUCACUUGGAACACGAUGAUCAUGGCGUUUGCAAUGAAUGGUGAUGGAUAUAAGGCACUUGAUCUGUUGGAUCAAAUGGUUCUAGAAGGAAUGCUUCCUGAUGAUGUAUCAUAUCUUUCUGCAUUAUGUGCAUGUAACCAUGCUGGUUUGGUGGAAGAAGGGGUUAGAUUGCUUGAUACAAUGAUUGAGUGUGGGGUGAAGCCUAAUGUUAAGUAUUAUGGGACUGUGGUUGAUUUGUUGGGUCGAGCAGGACGGCUCCAAGAAGCCUAUGAUAUUAUAAACUCCAUGCCUAUGAUGCCUGAUAUAGUAUUUUGGCAAACUUUGCUUGGGGCUAGCAAGACUUAUGGGAAUGUGGAGAUGGCAGAGAUUGCAUCGAAGAAACUAGUGGAGAUGGGAUCUAAUGCUAGUGGGGAUAUCGUCUUGUUAUCGAAUGUGCAGAGGUGGCAUGAUGUAGGGAGGGUGAGGGAGACCAUGAAAAAUAGUGAUGUAAAGAAGGUACCGGGAUUCAGUUACACAGAGAUAGAUGGCAAGAUGCACAAUUCCUAUUCGUUGUGCCUUAUGAGUAGUAUUCAUUGUGAAACUGCAGAAUAUGGAUACAGUUUGAGGAUCACAGAGAAAAGCGAUGUUGGCGGCUCUCUUACGUGUGAAUCCUUACCAGAAGAAAGGCAUGCCAUGAAAGAUGUAACAGCAAUGCUUAAGGAGAUCAGACAUGAAAAUGAUGAAUUCGAGAAGCCGGAUUUCCUCCAUAAAGGCAUGGUUACAAAUACUAAAGCAGCUGUUCAUUGUUCAAGUUUCUCUAGAUCAUGUCAGCCACUAAUAGAUUCACCAUCUUCUUCUUCAUAG